AUGACGUCUUCUUCGAGUUCCUCCGCCUCCCUAUCGUCAGUCUCCUCGUCGUCUGCAGAUGUUCCAACGGCGUUGUCCCCUACCCCCAUCUCACAUUCUACCCUGAGCAGCAGCUCACACUCGAGCCAUACGUCGUCGUUCAGUACAGAGUCCGAGGUGCUUGCAAAUAUGGUUCAUGACUCUGCUACGGGGGCCCUGUGCACCAUGACGAAGUCUUGGAUGCUCGACGACGGCGGUGACUUUCUCGACGCGGGCACGAAAGAUGAAGAUGUGCAGGAUUCUGAUGAUCAGUACGACGCCAACUUGACCGCCUACCUGCUGAACAACGCGAAGCGCGUGGGGAUGGUCGUCUUCGACCCGGCCAUCACCGCAUUCCCCGACACGAUCAAGAAGAUGCCCGAGUGCUACGUCUGGCAUAUGCUGCCCGUUCCGUCUGACACCGCAGUAUGGCCGGAAGUGGCGGACUUUAUGAAGCAGUCGCGCAUCGCCAUCCUGGUGAUCGAAGGUUUGCCCCAUCGCUACUGGAAGGCUAUGCUUCGGGACGCCGGCUUCACCAAGGAGCGCCCGACCGGAUGGAUCAUCGCCUCGCCAGUCGAAGCCGUCGCCGCCAAGCAUCUUCCGUUUCUCCAGCAGAUUCGGGGACCUCACUGCAUUUUCCCCUGGGCCCCUUCAAAUGCCGCGGAAGACGCUCAGGCAUUGUGGUCGUUUGUCGACCAGUUGAUGGCCCGCCCGCUGGAGGAUGGACAGAGUUUGGUGUUCACCUUCGAGAAGCCGCUCGAGCUCCACCAGCUCAACCCGAAUAUGUUCGCCGGGGUGACGAUGGAAAAGCUGGUGGUGAAGAAGCGGAUGCGCGGCUACACCCUCAACACGCCCGAGCAGCCGUACAGCCUCCAGAUCUACCGCAGUCGCCUCACGCUCAUGCGGAAGGACCCCGGCGUCGAAGAUGCCGGUGCCGCUGCCGAAAUCGCC